UUUGAGCGAUACACUACACAGGAGCUCCCCCUAUCGUAAAAUGUGAAAAGUGCAUGCUAUGAGACAGCAGUAAUGCCCAGUGACACUGAGAGGCAGCCACUCAUUCAAAAACAAAGUAUAAUGUACCUAACCUAAAUAAAUACAUAUAAAAGGUAGACAACUUGUCCUAUUCACAUACCAAGGCUUUAAGUACAAAACUUAAAGCCCAUUCUAGGGGGCUCUUUUAGCUACAUCCUUAAUACACGCACUUGAGAGGUACUUGAGUAGUUGAGCAGAAAGUGUUAUUUGGGUCCUGUGGGUGGCACUAGAGGAAAGGCUAUGGGCUCCUUUAGAUCAGGCGUUAACGUCUUGGAAGAUUAAGUGUGAUCAGCAUAUUAAAUGUCAUUAAAUUAAAUGAUUAGAUGCAGUAAAUGUCCUGUGUGCAAGUUAACAUUUUGGCCUAAAGGUGGUGCAAGAGGAAAGCUCAUGACUUCUCCAACACAGGCAGGGUUCAUCAUCUUGGGAGCCAAAUAUAUACAUUAUGCAUACAAUAUAUACAUAUACUUAGAUGUACUUUAUAUAUGUGUAAAUAAAGUAUGUUUUGCAAUAUGUACUGAGUAGCUCCAGUGAUAAUAAUUUGGCACAAAACACACAGCCCCUUCUGAUUUACUUGUCCUGCCAGUCCACUAGUCCAAACUUGUAAGUGUUUUCACUGAGAAUAAUAAAUGCUUGUAGCAGUGUUUGCUGUCAGCAACUGGCAACAAUCAAACUUAGACCCAAGCUGUUUCCAUCAUGACACAAUUCCUAAGAAACAAUGUUGCCUUCUAAGUAAUGGUGGGUUUGAAUUACAGUGUGCUCUGUAGAGUGUAAAGCAUUAGAAGUUCAACAUAAAAAAAAUCAAUGAGCAGCAGCUUUCAAGUUUAUUGACAAUUACAAUCACGUCUGCACCCUUGUAAUAUAGAUGGAUGUAAUAUCAAUCAAUCAAUUUUAUUUAUAAAGCCCAAUAUCACAAAUCACAAUUUGCCUCACAGGGCUUUACAGCAUACAACAUCCCUCUAUCCUUUGGACCCUCACAGCGGAUAAUACAGAUGGGUGACAAAAAUGAAAAUGACUUUGGCAUAUAUUCUACAAGUCUCUGAACUCUACUGAAGGAAUGAACUCCAUUCUUCUAAAAGAUAGCCAGACUACUCCACGUGACGUCAUUCAUUCAUUAGUCCCUCCAGUCUGGUUGAAUGUGUGUUAAUCAGUGCAAUAAAUACCAUGUGGAUUAUCAACCACUCUUCACACUCUUCCAUGGUCUGUGGUGCUCUAAGGUGACAGCAGUUGUCAGCAGGGCAGGGCAAGUGUGGUCAGCCAUCACGGUGCUGUCAGUGCAGUGACAGCGCACUCUUUGGGUCCCUUGGGAAUGUCAGUCCCAUGUAAGGUUGUGAUGUUGCUAGGCAACAAAGCAAUCCAGUGAUUCUUGGUGUAAAACUGAGCAUCAUGGGCAAACUUAACUUUCCAACUCAAAACUUAGUGAGUUAAGUUGGCAGCUGACAUGCGAGUGUACUGUAUCUUUGAAUACUAGCUUACUACCAUUAAAAGUUUUUGUCCUUGAAUCCAAACUAACUUUAGCCUAUUUAUCAAGGAGGCUCCCUACUGUAUGUAAUUAGUAAUUCAUUAAUUUAAUUUCUGCUGUUAUUCUGAUUCAGGAGCAUGGAGUUGAUCUCCUUAUUAUGUGCUGUUACCCUGGUAGUGUUGGUGGCCCAUUCAAAUACAAAACCCUAAAGAGAAGUUGUGCACUUAGUUUAUUUGCACAAACAGGGCUGGUGGAUGGAGCAGUGGUACUUUACUACAGUUUUGAUAUACUAUACCUGCAAAUUUAUACUCAUAAAACAUAAGAUCACUUAUAAAGUAUGAUGCGCUAUUAUUGAUUAAAUUAUCUAACAGUAUAAGUCAUUAUAAAUCCCUACCCUCAACCAGCUACAACAUUAAAAUGCUGCUCCUACUUAAACGUAUCAGUAACAACACAUAUACAAACAUUUAGGACUUUUAUGUUUAUACUUUGGAAUUGCUACUUUUCCUUAAAGGGGAACACCAUCUAAAUUAAGAAUUCCAGUAUGUUAUCUGACUGAUUUUAUGGACCCACAGAAUGUUUGUUUUUUCUUUUUUAUACCCAAAUGAGAUUUCUUCUAUUGUAGUGUUCUCAGUUAUGAAACAGAAAAUGUCCCCAUUUACUCAGAACAUUCCCCUGGGCUCUCUCAGUGCCAUCUAGAACAGUGGCUCCCAACUGGUUCAGCCACAGUAUUCAGAUUUCUCUGUAGUCAUCAGUUUAAGGUCCACACAGUUUAAUACAUUCAGCAUUACACUUGGGUCUGGCCAUGUCGUCGAGCUAGUUUUCAGUCUCUGUCAAGUAGCCGUCCUAUAGUCGCUCACUUUACAGCAGGAAACAGCACUUAAAAAUGCAGCUAAGUGCUGGAAAUUCCCUGUAAAUCAAAAGAGAGAACGUUCUAUACAAACUAGACAUGUUUGCAAGUCACUUUAGGUCCAUUCAGCAUGGACCCACGACCCACUUUUGGUCCGCAACCUACCAGUUGGGAACCACUGAUCUAGAACAUCUUUCCUAAUUCAUUGUCUAUGGAGCAGCUCCAGACUUUAUACCCUAUAUCAUCACACAUUUGAAUUUUAGCAUUCAAGCUUUUGGAUUUGGGAGAGAGUUGUUCAUGUCUACUAAUAUUUUUUGGACUGUCUUAGACCAUAAGGAUAACAUGUAAGAAUUUUGAAAAUGGCUGUAGUUUCCCUUUAUGUAAAGCAUCUGAAUGCUUCCUCUAUCACUUCAGCUCGCCCCAUUUACCAGAUUUAUAGUUUAAUUUCCCAGUAGAUAUUUCCAUUUCAAAAGUUUGCUCUCGUGGUGUUGUAACACAUUGGAUAUAAUCACAUACGAAAUAAUAUAUUGUAUGCACGUGUGACUGGGCAAGUUGGUCUGACCACCUGUUGUGCUUUUUAUUAUAUAUUAAAGGGACAGUUCACCCAAAAUCCUUGGCUAAGGUGUAGUGUUAGCUUGCUCAGGGGUUGCUAGGUAAGCUAGCAGUAGAUGCAUGCCUCCUUCUGUGUGGUGGUACAGUUGAUCUGUGGAUUAUCUUGAGUUAGAAGGUCAUGAUUUCUGAAAAGAGACAUUGCUGUUGUAUGCUAUCUAGUUACAUUAUACUGGAGAGAAGGCAGCCAUCUCCACGGUCGAUAUCUCCAACACUCCACAACUCACACCAAAACAAUCUAGACUGAUAUAUAGCACUACAGGUAAGAGGACAAAAUAUGUAUUUUUAAUUUUAGGAUGAACUGUUCCUUUAACUUAGGGCCACAUUUUGCAUAUUACAAUAUAUCAUUUUAAAGGGUCCUGUUGUUCCCUUACUUGGGACAUUUAGUAUGCUAAAGUAGAGUGUAUUGAGUAGCAUGGACAAUUCUGUGCUGGCCGCUGACCCUCUUUGUUGGAAACACAGACAGGCACUCUUUCAGCGAGGUAAAAGCUACACAUUGAUACAAUGAAGGCAACAUGCAGGUUUCCAUUUUCACCACAAAUAACCUAAAAGUGUAUGGUGCAACUAAGUGCGUAAAAUGUGAAAGCCAACCUAUAAAACAUCAUCUUUACUGAGAGAUUCUCCCUGCUGAUGAGUGAAAUGAUCACUGAUAGUAACUGUUUUUUCCAUCAGCAGGAAUCAAUACAUCAAUCAAUGCUCAUGAAAAAAAUAGUUUAAGGGCAAUGAGUGGUUGCUGUGGUAGUCACAUGCUCUUUUUGUUGAUGUCCUUACAUAACUUUCUUGUCCUUUAAUUACCUAAUUUUACGUAUUUCUUAAUAUAAAUACAUCAACUGUCCCAAACAGUGUGAAUCAUAUCAGCAUAUCACUGUUACCUUGGUAGUAAUUGUAAGUCUGUGAACAUUUGUGGAAUUCAGUGUGCCUAGAGGUAUUAUGUAAUGCCGGGACUGCUGAAUAGAGAGCCAGUUACUGAUGGCCAACCUUUUCUGUUGCUGUUCAUGUUGCAUAUAUAUUCAUAGAAACAGUGCACACUGAGUUAUAACUGUGGGUAUUUGUCUCUGCCUGUCUGUUGCGUGCAUUGUGGCUGCAGCAUGAGUUUAUGUCGAGUUGUGUUAGUGUAGAGCUGAGUUGCCAGGGCUGUGUCACACAGGGAGUCACCACGAGAGGGAGGGACUUAGGCAGCAGGACAAUGCUGGUGUUUGUGCAACGGCCCCUGAGUGGCGGCUGGCUCUCUCAGAUCGCUCUCGCUUGACUACCAUUGCUGCACACAUUGUUGAAGUGAAAGGAAAGUGGACAGCUUGAUCCUGUCUGUGGGAUGCACCGACUGAGCCCUUUGUUAAACACUGGAUUCCAAUUGCGGUGAAAGAAUACCGACUGUACGAGAGAGACUGGGUUUUGAUGUGAGGUACAACAAAGCAGAAAGGCUGGCCAGAAGACACAAAUUCAAUAUUAGUGGUUUUGGCCACGACAGAAAAAAAAGGGCGUCCACCCCUGCCGUACCAGGGCAAAGAAGAAGAAGAAGGCGGUCCAUUGCUGCCACAUUAGAAGAAUCAGUGGGCGGCAUUUGUGGCGUGGGUGGGCAGGUGAGGGUUGAGCUGCGGUGACAACUUUGGCCUGCGUGCUGAAGUGUGGGAGGGAAGAGGAAGAGGAAAAAGGAAGACAAAGAGGAGGGGUUGGUGGUGGAGGAGGAGGAGGACGAGGAGGAGGAGGAGGAGAGGAGAGGAGUAGUAGGCCUGGGCCUGGAGCCCAAACACAAGCAGGAUGUCGGAGAAGAAAGUUAGCAGCCUCCCUGCUAAGCUGAUUAAUGGGGGCGUGGCAGGCCUGGUUGGUGUGACAUGUGUAUUUCCUAUUGACCUGGCCAAGACCCGCCUACAGAACCAGCAGGGCGUCCAAGUCUACAAAGGAAUGCUGGAUUGCCUUGCCAAGACGAUACGCUCGGAAGGCUAUUUUGGAUGCUACAGAGGUGCAGCCGUGAACCUCACUCUAGUUACGCCAGAAAAAGCCAUCAAGCUGGCUGCCAAUGACGUCUUCAGACAGAAGCUGUCUAAGGACGGGCAUUUGCCCCUGUGGGGGGAGGUACUGGCAGGAUGUGGGGCUGGGACGUGUCAGGUGGUCGUCACCACUCCCAUGGAGAUGCUUAAGAUCCAGCUGCAGGAUGCAGGAAGGCUCGCUGCCCAGAGGCCUGUUCGAACUCCAGCUCAGGCUGCUGCUCCGGGAUCAGGUCCAGCUCCAUCGUUGGUAGCCCCACCACCGGCACAACCUCGACCUCGGCCCUCAGCCACCGGCAUCACUGCGGAGCUGCUGAAGACUCGUGGGCUGGCAGGCCUCUACAGGGGAGCAGGAGCCACCUUAAUGAGGGAUGUCCCCUUCUCAAUGAUCUACUUCCCACUGUUUGCCAACCUAAACGCACUGGGCCUUGAAAAAGUGGGUGAUGUGCAGGCCCGGGCGCCAUUCUGGCAGUCGUUUUUGGCAGGCUGCACCGCAGGCUCAGUGGCAGCUGUGGCUGUAACACCACUGGAUGUCAUAAAGACUCGCCUGCAGACCUUGCAAAAAGGUGAGGGAGAGGACACAUACAGAGGAAUCGUUGACUGCACACGGCGCAUCAUGAUGCGAGAGGGCCCAUCAGCAUUCCUGAAGGGUGCAACAUGCCGUGCUCUCGUCAUCGCCCCUCUAUUUGGCAUUGCACAAGGUGUCUACUUUCUCGGGGUAGGGGAGACGGUGCUAGGUUUGCUGGGAUAGCAGUGCUUGGCAUUGGUGGUGGUGGUGGUUGUGUUGUCUCUGCUGCUUUAAUCUGCAGUGAAUGAAUGACACAACUGGGUGAAUGGUGAAUACAGAGAGAGGGGAAAUACGGCCACAAUCUGCUAACCAAAGGAAGAGGGGACGGUCUGAGAAAUGAAGAGGCUCUAUUUACUAAUAUGUGAACCGAUGGGUUCACACUAAUCAUGUUUCUCUAGGUUUGUACAUGCUGUUAGCAGGGGUCUGGAAGUUCAACAGGGUCCUGUGUAUGUGUGUGACCAAUCUGAGGGUAUGUCUCAAGUUGUCUGGGUUUUCCCGGCGUGCUUGCUGCAAUAUGUCCGGGGCUGUCCUUUCACCUGAGAGAGAUUAUUCUGUCUGGUUGUUAAGCGAGAGCUGCUGCAUGUUGUCUGAGGCUGCUAACUUAAAUGCCUACCGAGCUGACCAUUUGUGUGGUCAUGACGAAGAACUGUGCAUCAUCCUAUGUAAGUGACAAAUCCCCUUUUCAAUCUUUAUCAGAAAAUAAGAUUGCAUAACGUUUGAUGUCAGAGUCUGAACUGGCUAUUUUGGUCUGACUUCAAAUGCCAAUUACUUUAGAUUACAAUGUUUGAUGUGUUUCUCUGAAAAAAAAAGCUUAAUGUCCUUCUGCCUACCCUGUUAUGCGUUCCUCCCACUCCACCCGUGAGGUCUGAGUUGUAAUCUUGGAUUCCUUCAGUGGAUUGGGAGGUGCUGGCUGCCAGAAACUGUAAGGUCAUUUGUUAAUCUGAUGGUAAUGCUUUAAUCCCAGCAUUAGUGUACAAUAUACCCUAACACACAGCUCACUUCCUGCCUAAAGGCCACAGGUUAGACUGCUGGGCCUCUGUCUCGUAGCCUUGACUUCCUAUUCUCCUCACAGCUUGGAAGGGUUUUGGCCCAGGGCUCAUUUUACUUGCUUAGAUAUACAUAUAAAUACAUUGCUUCAAAUGAUGUGCGCACAAUAACUAAAAAAAAACAUGCAAUUAAAGCCUUAUCAUUGCUGAUAGUUUCUAAAGCAUCAAAACUGUAAGUCUUAAACAAAUUCAGUGGAAUUGGUGGUGUUGAAACAUUGAUUUGGUACUUGAGUCCAACUUAGCGAGGACAAUUCAAUUUGUUGAACCCAUGGAGGGAGUAUGGCACCUUGUCUCGCCAACUGUUUGUCAUUACUGAAGUCCACUGGGUGGCACUAAAAGCUUCUUUUUUUUUUUCUUUUCUUUUUUUUUUACAUUUUUAAUGCAAGACACAUUUUGAUGUGGCUAGUGUACCUAGGCUACUACUACGUUUUCCUCAUUGUAGAGUGAACAUAGCCUGAGUAAACUGUUUGUUUACAAGCUGUAAAUAAAGAUAUCUCAUACAUGCUGAUUUCUCUGUGUCACACACGUUUAUUUCUUUGGUUUUUGUAUGUUAAGUGCUUCCAAACAAUGGUAAACAUCCACACAGACACACAAACAUACACGCACACAUACACACAGUCAAAUUUGUAACUGUCAUUUUGAUAAAUAGCGCCCAUCUUGUGUUAGUAGCAAAUGCACUUGGGCUCAUCUGUGCGCCCAUGGGUGUGUGGGUUUUAAAAUGAGGUGUGGUCAGGUUGCUAUUUUGAGGCAGCAGAAAAGGAUUGCAGUAUUGUCCAACAAAACCUGCUCUAAAGUAAAUAGCGCAGCAUUUUCCUGCCAUUUAAAGGGUGAAUAAUGGAGAUAGUAAGAUGCGCCGACGCAGGCAGGUUCACAACAUGCUAAUGCUUUGCUUGUUACACACGCAGGGGCAUGUGGCUGGGUUGCUGUUGGGUGAAGUUAUACAUCAUUAAUGAGGAAAAUAUUAAUCACAUUCUUUCAAAUGUGAACGUAGCAGAGAGCAGAGCUGCUCUCCGCCUUACCAUUAAGAGAGACUUGUGGGUAUUUACGCACAAGGAGCAGCGCAACAUUGAUUAUUUCAGAAGCUAAAUGUUUUGUUCUGUUUUCUCUGUCAAGUUUAUAACUACAGUUUUUUGUUUUGCUGCUUAAAUGUCCCACUUUAUUUGCUGCUCUUGCAGGCGCACCAGGCUUUAUUAGGGAAAAGGGAGAUGACACUGAUUGGUUGAGUUCAUGUUACACUCAAAACACACCUAUGAUUA